CCAGGGCAGAGGAAGGGGCCGCGCGCGCGGGAGGCCAGAGGAGACGCAGCACGCCUCCGAGGCCGGAGGCGGCGGGGACCGGACGGGAGCGCGCGCGGCGGGGACCCGAGGGGCUCGCGGCGGCCCGGGGAGGCCGCGCGGACAAAGGCGCGGAGGGCAGCGGGCCAUGGCGCCCCAGGCCCCCGCCGCCCCUGCCUCGGGCGACCGCGAGUUGCGCCCCAGAACCCGCGGAGCCGCCGCCCGUAGAGAGGGUCAAGGCAGAAGUUGCAAAGACUAGGGAAGUACCUGGAAGGCAACCACUUGGGAGACCCAUUCCUUUGCAGAAGACUCAUCCAGCAGUGCCCUUGGGAAGGAGUCCCUCAGGGAGCCCCCACACCCUCAUGCUGGAGGCCAGAGUGGACAUGCUCAGCUCCAACAUGAUCAUCAGUGGCCCGGCUGCAGACCUUGGCGCUAAAGAAGCCAGCAGGCCCUGGAAGAAGCAGCUUAACAGUGUCCAGAACCCUGGACCAUCCGCCCGAGCCAGAGCCCAGCCCCAGCCCCUCAGCAUAAAGGACAAGAUAUCCAAGUGGGAAGGCAAGAAGGAGCCACCCGCCUCCGAUCCCGCCAGGCAAACAGAUGGCCAAGAGGACCACCUGCCAUCCUGCAAGGUAGAGAGAAAAGCCAGUGAGCUCACCAGAACUAAGAAUGGAAUGAGGCUUGAAACAGAGAGAUUGCAAAAUGACAGCCGGGUGAGAACUGUGUGUCAGGACACAGAACAGUUGCCAGGCCCGAGGCCAAUCGAUGGACAGCCAGAGCUCAGCCAGCACCGAGGUCGUGAGCUGAAACCCAGCGAUCUACGCUUUCAAAGUGACCAUCUCUCUGUGCUGAGACAGGUCAAGAGACUAGAGAAGGCCUUGAAGGAUGGCUCCGCUGGCUUGGACCCUCAGAUGCCGGGGACUUGUUAUUCACCUCACUGUCUGCCUGACAAGACAGAGGAAGACCAGCCCAGUCCUGACAGCCACGAGAAGGGGGGUGCCUUAGCAGCUGGCCGGAGAGCUCACCACCUGGAGGUCAGGGAGCCGGGCCCUGAGAUUUCAGAGGAGUGGAAAGGCCAGGAGAGUGUCUACAGGGGCUCCAGGUGGUACCCCCCAAAGCCUUUUAUCAACCCUGUCCCCAAGCCCCGCAGAACAUUCAAACAUGCUGGAGAAGGGGACAAGGAUGUCAGCCCAGGCAUCAGCUUCAAGAAAGAGAAGAGAAACCUGCCUCCCCUGCCCUCUCUGCCUCCCCCUCCCCCACCGCUGCCUUCCUCCCCUCCUCCCACUUCCGUGAAUAGAAGACUGUGGACCGGGAGGCAGAGACCCAGUGCUGACCACAGAAAGUCCUAUGAGUUCGAGGACUUACUACAGUCUUCCUCAGAGAACAGCAGGGUGGACUGGUAUGCACAGACCAAAUUGGGACUCACACGCACUUUAUCGGAGGAGAACGUCUAUGAAGACAUUCUAGAUCCGCCAAUGAAGGAAAAUCCUUAUGAAGAUGUGGAGCUGCAUGGCCGCUGCCUGGGCAAGAAGUGUGUCUUGACUUUCCCCGGAUCUCCCACCUCUUCCAUCCCGGACACGUCUACCAAGCAGUCCUUGUCCAAGUCUGCAUUUUUCCGGCAGAACUCAGAGAGAAGAAACUUGAAGCUGUUGGACACUAGGAAGCUGAGUCGGGAUGGAGCUGGGUCCCCGCUGAGGACCAGUCCUCCCUCCACACCUAGCAGCCCGGAUGACACGUUCUUUAACCUUGGAGACCUACAGAAUGGCAGGAAGAAGAGAAAGAUCCCCAGGCUGGUAUUGAGGAUCAAUGCCAUUUAUGAGGCCCGGAGAGGAAAGAAACGGGUGAAGAGGCUAUCCCAGUCCACGGAGAGCAACUCAGGAAAAGUGACAGAUGAGAACAGUGAGUCUGACAGCGACACAGAGGAGAAGCUGAAAGCUCACAGCCAGCGCCUGGUCAAUGUGAAGUCGCGCCUGAAGCAGGCCCCUCGAUACUCAUCACUUGACCGGGAUCUCAUUGAGUACCAAGAGAGGCAACUCUUCGAGUACUUUGUGGUCGUGUCUCUGCACAAGAAGCAGGCAGGGGCUGCCUACGUGCCAGAGCUUACCCAGCAAUUUCCUCUGAAGUUAGAAAAGUCAUUCAAGUUCAUGAGAGAGGCUGAGGACCAGCUGAAGGCUAUCCCCCAGUUCUGCUUCCCUGAUGCCAAGGACUGGGCUCCUGUCCAGGAGUUUACCAGUGAAACAUUCUCGUUUGUCUUAACUGGAGAAGACGGGAGCAGAAGGUUCGGUUACUGCCGAAGACUGCUGCCUGGGGGCAAAGGGAAGCGGCUUCCUGAGGUUUAUUGCAUUGUGAGCCGCCUGGGAUGCUUCAGCCUCUUUUCAAAGAUCUUGGAUGAGGUGGAAAAGAGGAGAGGAAUCUCCCCUGCCCUCGUGCAGCCCCUCAUGAGGAGCGUUAUGGAAGCCCCUUUCCCAGCCCUGGGCAAAACCAUCAUUGUCAAGAACUUCCUGCCAGGCUCGGGGACUGAGGUGAUUGAGCUGUGCCGACCGCUGGACUCCCGGCUAGAGCACGUGGACUUUGAGUCUCUGUUCUCCUCUCUCAGCGUCCGACACUUGGUCAGUGUCUUUGCCUCCCUCCUUCUGGAAAGGAGAGUCAUCUUCAUCGCAGACAAACUCAGCACUCUGUCCAAAUGCUGCCACGCGAUGGUGGCGCUCAUCUACCCCUUCAGCUGGCAGCACACCUACAUCCCGGUGCUACCGCCCGCCAUGAUCGACAUAGUGUGCUCGCCCACGCCCUUCCUUAUCGGGCUGCUCUCCAGCUCGCUGCCUCUGCUCAGGGAGCUGCCACUCGAAGAGGUUCUUGUGGUCGAUCUCAUUAAUGAUCGGUUCCUCAGGCAGAUGGAGGACGAGGAUUCCAUUCUGCCCCGGAAGCUUCAGGUUGCCCUGGAACACAUUCUGGAGCAGAGGAAUGACCUGGCCUGUGACCAGGAUGGAGGCCCGCUGGACUGUGUGCACGGCCCUGAGUCCAGUUCCUUGAGUGAGGUGGUGUCCGAAGCCUUUGUCCGCUUUUUUGUGGAGAUUGUGGGCCACUACCCCCUGUUCCUGACAUCGGGCGAGGAGAGAAGCCUGCAGCGAGAGGCCUUCAGAAAAGCUGUCUCCUCUAAGAGCCUCCGGCGCUUCCUGGAGGUCUUCAUGGAGACCCAGACGUUCCGUGGCUUCAUCCAAGAGAGGGAACUACGCAGGCAAGAUGCCAAAGGUCUGUUUGAAAUCCGAGCCCAGGAGUACCUGGAAACCCUGCCCAGCGGAGAGCACAGCGGAGUCAAUAAAUUCCUCAAGGGACUGGGCAAUAAAAUGAAGUUUCUCCACAAGAAAUAACCCUCAUCUUGGCUCAAG